GCCCCGCCCUUCCGUUUACGUGCUUUCCUCUAGCGUCGUGAGAGGUUAACGCUCUGCGGCAGCCUCUGCUUACCGUGGCGACAGAAAGCGCGGGAAUUACAGAUAAAUUGAAACUGCGGCUGCGCAGCGUGAGUUCUCAGAAGCUUUCCGGGCCGAACGCGGUCGGGGUUCUUCUCAGACAACUGGGACCUCGGGCGUGGGGACCCCGAGCGCUCUGUCCUUGUUAAAUGGAACAGAAAGAAAUGGAUUUGUCAACAGUUCAUGUUGAAGAAGUACAAAAUGUCCUUAAUGCCAUGCAGAAAAUCUUAGAGUGUCCAAUCUGUCUGGAAUUGAUCAGAGAACCUGUUUCCACAAAAUGUGACCACAUAUUUUGCAAAUUUUGUAUGCUGAAACUUCUCGACCAGAAGAAAGGGCCUUCGCAGUGUCCUUUGUGUAAGAACAGUAUAACCAAAAGAAGCCUACAGGAAAGCACAAGGUUCAGUCAGCUGGUUGAAGAGCUGUUGAAAGUCAUUCGCGCUUUUGAGUUGGACAGCGGCUUGCAGGUUGCAAACAGUUACAACUUUUCAAAAAAGGAAAUUAAUUCUCCUGAACACGGCCAGGAGGAGAUUCCCCUCAUCCAAAGUAUGGGCUACCGGAACCGUGCCAGAGGACUUCGACAGGGUGAGCCUGAGAAGCCCUCCCUGCAGGAAACCAGUCUCGGGGUCCAGCUGUCUGACCUUGGAAUCGUGAGGUCUCUGAGGACCAAGAAGCAGGCACAGCCUCAAAAUAAAUCUGUCUACAUUGAACUGGGGUCGGACUCCUCUGAAGACGCCUCUGAAGACGUGGCUAACAGGGCGGAUGACCACAGUGUGAGAGACCAAGACUUGCUCUUCAGCCUGCAAGGAACCAGGGCCAAAGCUAGUUCACAUCCUGCAAAACAGGGUAACACUCCUUGUGAGGCUUCUGAGAAGGGCACCGUAGACUCUGACCGUCCACACCUCAGCGGUGAAGACGAAAAGCCUGUGGAGAAGCGUGCUGCCAAGAGGCGUCCAGGCAAGCAGCAGGUCGGCCCUGCUCCCGACUUGCGUGUGGAGCCAUGUGGCACCGACACUCGCGCCAGCUCAUUACAGUGCAGGAACAGCCGUUUAUUACUCACUGAAGACAGAAUGGAUGUAGAAAAGGCUGAAUUCUGUAAUAAAAGCAAACAGCCCGGGUUUGCAAGGAGCCAACAGAGCAGAUGGGCUGGGAGCGAGGAGAGCUCCGAUGAUGGGCAGACGCCCAGCACAGAGCAGAAGGCAGAGCCGACCGCUGCGGCCCUCUGUGAGAGAAGAGGGAAGGAGCAGAAACCCCCAUGCUCGGAGACGCUCGGGGAGGCCCAGGAUGUCUACUGGGUCACACUGAACAGCAGGAUUCAGAAAGUUAAUGAGUGGUUUUCCAGAAGUGACAAAGUGGUGGCUUCUGAUGAUGCCUGUGACCGGGAGUUGGAAGCAGAUGCUGAAGAAGCCAGUGCCUUAGAAGAUCCAAAAGGCCAAGGUGGCUUUUCUGGCUCUCUGGAGAAAAUAGCCAUGCUGACCAAUAGUCCUCAGAGUGCUUUGUUCUGUGCCAACAAGCGAGUCUGCCCCAAAGCAGGGAGGAAUGACAUGAAAGAUAAAGUAUUCGGGAAAACCUACCGGAGGAAGCCGAGCCUCCCCAGCUUCACCUAUGUGGCUGAAAAUCUAACUGUAGGAGCAUUGGUUGUCAAACCGCAGGUGACACAAGAGUUUCCCCCCACAAAUAAAUUAAAGCGCAAGAGGAGAAGCAUGUCAUGUCUUCAUCCUGAGGAUUUUAUCAAGAGAGCAGAUUUGCCAGUUGCUCCAAAGACUCCUGAAAAGAUAAAUCAGGGAACGGAGCAAAUGGAGGAGAGUGGGCAGGUGACAGGUACUCCUAGGAAAAGCCACAAGGGUGAUGCAGAAGGGGCUGGUGUUCAGAGACAGAGGAAGCCCAGCCCAGCACAAUCACUGGAAAAAGAGUCUGCCGCCAGAGCAGAGCCCCAGAGCUGCAGCAUAAGCAACAUGGGACUAGAAUCACAUGCCCGUCAUUCAGAGCCACCUAAGAAAAGCAGGCUGAGGAGGAGGUCCUCAACCAGGCAUGUGCCUCACCCCAGCCCACUGGACCACACCGAACUGCAAAUUGACAAUUCUACCAGCACUGAAGAAGUGAAGGAAAAAAGCUCCCACCAAGUGCUGAUCGGGUACAGCCAGAAUCUAUACCUUGCGGGGGAGGGAGAAGCUUCCAUUGGAAUCCCGGAGAGUAAGAAGCCCGCUGAACAAGUAAGGAACAGACCUGCUGAGGAGGCUGUCCCAGAACCAGCGUUAGCAAACACACCUGGUUCUUCUGCUAACAGUUCAGGCCCUGAUAAAGAACUUGUCAACCCUAGUCCACAGAGAGACAAGACAGAAGAGAACCCAGAAACAGUUCAAGUGUCGGAUAAUACCAGAGAUCCCAAAGGUCCAGUGCUAAGUGGAGAAAGGGGUUUGCAAACCGAGAGAUCUGCAGAGAGCACCAGUAUCUCACUGGUCCCAGACACUGAUUAUAGCACUCAGGACAGUUUCUCCUUACUGGAAGCCAACAGCCUCAGGAAGGCACAGAGAGCGUCGCAUCAGUGUGUGACUCAGUAUGUAGCGGUCGCAAAGCCCAAGGAACUGCCUGCUCAUUCUGAAGAUACUGGAAAUGACACUGAGGGUUUUAAUGAUCCAUUGAGACGUAAAGUGAGCCACGUUCAGGAGGCAAAUGUAGAAAUGGAAGAUAGUGAACUCGAUACUCAAUAUUUACAAAAUACAUUCCAGGCAUCAAAGCGUCAGUCAUUUGCCUUGUUUUCCAAUCCAGGAAACCCAGAAAAGAAAUCUACAGGGGUCUGUGCCCACUCCGAGUUCUUUCAGAAACGAAAUCCAGAAGUCACUCCUGAAUGUGAACAAAGAGAAAACAGUAAGGGAAAGAAAGCGUCUAAGAUCAGGCAUGUGCAGGUAGUUAAUGCCACUGCAAGUGUCCCUGUGAUUUCUCAGAAUGACCAGCUAGGUGUUGGUGUCCAGUGUGGUGUCACAGGAGUCUCGAAGCUCCGUCCAUCAUCUCAGGUCAGAGGCUACAAAACUGAACUCGUCGCUGCUGACAAACAUGGAAUUUCACGAAACCCGUGCCAUGUGGCAUCAGUUUCUCGCAUUGGGACAUCUGUUAAAACUGCAUGUAAGAAAAGCCUUUCCAUGUCACCAAAAGAAGCAGUAGAGAGUGAGAGAGUCCUUCAAAGCAUGGUGAGCACAGGUUGCUGUAAGAACAGCAGAGAUCUUGCUCCUAAAGAGGCCAGCUCAGGCAGCGGGAGUGGAGUGGGCUCUGGCACUAAUGAGGUAGCCUCCAGCAAUGAGCACAUGCAGGCAGAAUGGGGGAGAAGCCGAGGGCCGACACUAAAUGCUGUGCUUAGAUCAGGUCUGAUGCAACCUAAAGUCCAGGAGCAAAGUCUUCCUGUGGGUGACUACAAAUGUCCUAAAAUACCACAGCGAGGAGCGAGUGGAGUCGUAGCUCAGGCUGUCCAUGCAGAUUUCUCUCCCUGUCUAAUUUUUGAUAGCGUGGAACAGCCUAUGGGAAGUAAUCCUGCUUCUCAGAUUUGUUCUGAGACACCCGAUGACCUGUUAGACGAAGAGGACAGAAAGGAAGAUGCCAGCUUUGCUGAAGAUGACAUUAAGGAGACUUCUGCUGUGUUUAGCAAAAGUGUCCAGAGAAGACAAUUCAGCAGGAGCCCCAGCCCCUUCACCCAUACAGCUCUGGCUCGGGGUCACCAAAGAAGGGUGAGGAAAUUAGAGUCUUCCGAAGAGAACAUGUCAAGUGAGGACGAAGAACUUCCCUGCUUCCAACACUUAAUAUUUGGUAAAGGAUGCACUACUCCUCAGUCUACCAGGCCCAGCACUGGUGCGACAGAGCGUGUGUCUAAGGGAACAGAGGAGAACGUGGUAUCAUUGAAAGACAACUUACGAGGCUGCACCAGCGAGCCGGUGUCCCCGGAACCUCGGCUGGGCGAAGACAUCAGAUGUUCCGGCAGCUUGUUUUCUUCCCAGUGCAGCAUCUCAGAAGAGUCUGCUGCAAACACAAUCUCCCAGGAUCCCUUGCUGAUGUUGCACCCUCCUGCUGAACAGAACGGGCAUCCCUCUGGAAUCCAGGGUGCCUCUCUGAGCGACAAGGAAGUGGUUUCAGAUGAUGAAGAUAGGGAACCUAGCCUGGAAGAAGGCAGCCAUCACGGAGGGCAGAGCGUGGACUCACCCUUAGGUGAAGCAGCAUCUGGGUAUGAGAGCGAAACAAACCCCUCUGGUGGUUUCUCGGGGCUUUCCUCGCAGAGUAGCAUCCUAACCACCCAGGCUUGUCACAGUGUGACUCUCGUUUUGCAGCAGAAGGACACCAUACAGGACAACUUGCUCAGGCUGCAGCAGGAAAUGGCCCAGCUGGAAGCUGUGCUGGAGCGGCAUGGGAGCCAGUGCUCCAACAGCUCCACCUCCAUCGUCCCCGACUCCUGUCCAGCCGAGGACCUGGCGACCCUGGGACGAUACAUACCAGGAAAAGCAGGAUUUACCUCCGGGAGAAGUAAUGCAUAUCCUGUAACCCAGAGUCUCCAAGCCUGUCCUUCCAGCAAGCACCAAGUGUCCCCAGAUUGUCCUGCCAGUGAAAAUAAGGAGCCAGGAGCUGGAAGGUCGUCCCCUCCUGAGGCCCAGGUGGCUGACAGUCAGUGGUCUGCACACAGCCAGCCCAGGAGGCUGAGGGACAGAGGCUGCCCGGCUCCAGAGCAGCUGGAGGAGGAGGAGGAGCUGGGAGAGUCUGGGCCACAUCAUGCGACAGCACUGGCUCAUUUGCCAAGGCGGGAGCUAGUUGCAGAACCUGCUGGGACCCCUGCUGCCGCUCAGACUUCCAAUCCUGCCAGGGGUGCUUCCAAGGAAGAAGCUGUGAGCAGGGAGGAGCCCGAAUCCUUGUCCUCGGUGGGAGGGGGCCGCAGGAGGCUCUCCAUGGUGGUGUCAGGCCUGACCACCAAGGAGUCGGUGCUCGUGCAGAAGUUUGCCAGAAAACACCACAUUGGGCUGACCAGUCUGAUCACAGCAGAGACCACCCAUGUAGUCAUGAAGACAGAUCCUGAGUUUGUAUGCGAACGGACACUGAAAUAUUUUCUGGGAAUUGCAGGCGGAAAAUGGGUGGUUAGCUAUUUCUGGGUGACCCAGUCGAUGCAGGAACGAAGGAUGCUGGAUGAGUGUGAUUUUGAAGUCAGAGGAGACGUGAUCAACGGAAGAAGCCACCAAGGUCCAAAGCGCGCGAGGGAAUCCCAGGACCGGAAGAUCUUCGGAGGCCUUACCGUCUGCUGCUGCGGGCCCUUUACUAACAUGGCCACAGAUCAGCUCGAGUGGAUGCUGCGGCUGUGUGGGGCGUCUGUGGUCGGAGAGCUCUCGGCGCUGCCCCUCAGUACUGGAGCUCAGUCGGUCGUAGUCAUGCAGCCGGAGGCCUGGACGGAGGACGCGGACUUCCUUGGUGCACUGUAUAAGACUCGGUUUGUUGGGUACGAAUGAAUCUGCCUUACAGUUCUGGAAUGGAACUCAUACCCUCGGACAGCUGUGCCAGGUGCCCGUGGUGACCAGAGACUGGGUGCUGGACAGCGUAGCCCUCCACCAGCGCCAGGAGCUGGAUGCCUACCUCAUCCCCCAGGACCCCCACAGACCCCGCUGACUCCGCCCAUCCAAGGGUCUGGGACCACAGGACCCCGAGGAUGCCCUUCAGAAGUGGCCUUGGCCGGGCACGGUGUCACUAUUGCAUGCCUGUCAUCCCAGACCUCAGGGAUGCUGAGGCAGGAGGAUUGCAAGUAUCAGCCCAUCUGGGCAACUUAGCUAGACACUGUCAAAAAAUGAAAAGGGACUGAGGAUGGAGCUCAGUGGGAGGGGGCUGGGCUCUGCAGGCGGGGGAGCCCCUCUGACUCUUCCUGAAGUCCUGGUUCCAGAUGUCUCCUCCGCAUGGCCUGAGAAGAGCUUCCGGCCACCAAGUGUCUCUUAAAGAUGUUCUGUUUCAGGGCUCCUUUUGAAACCUGCACAGAACUGUGGCAAUUUUUCACCUGCAAAGCACUAAGAACCAUUUAGCCCCACAAGCAACCAAGACACAGGUUCCUUUCCCUGGGCAGAGGCGGGUUGGCGGGGUCCCUGGGUUUGUCUCAGCCCUGUUUGCAUCCAGCCCUGGUUGGGCCUGAGUGGGAGGAGCUGGGGGCCUGAGACCGACCUAAAACUGGGCAGGCACAUAAUGGAGGUGAAUGUGGGGCUCGGGUUCCUUAGAGGAGACCUCCAAAAAUCUACCAGAUGUGCUCUGCAAGAGUUCUUUUCCCAGGAACCAGGGUCCAAGGAGAGGCUUCUCGUUCCCCAGUAGAGGCAAAUCAGAAUGUUUGUUCUCAUCUCCCGGGCAUGUAACCCGUCCCUCUUAACAUCAGCUCUGGCAUGAAUAUAUCAUGGUGCUGAGGGACGGAUCCCACCGGGAAAGGAGCUGUUCCACUCUUUGAGGUAAUUUCUUCCCCCUUGCUUCCCAUUGCUGAACGUUACAGCUUCAUAAAUAAUUUGCUGAAGAAGAGAAAGUGGUUUUCAUAAAGUCCUUAUCCAGAGCCGUUUCUGGUGUGGGAAGGACUGGGUCUUGCCUAGCCCCGGUGUGCAAGGGCAGGCUAGACCUGAUUGUAUGAAACACGUUUGUAAGUGUGCUGUUAACACUGCAAAUAAACUCGGUAGCAAACGCUUCCACCAAGAAUGA